GAUAAAAUAUGUGGCUAACCUAAUCGUUAUUUACAAUGGCGACGGUAGUCGAGAAGGAACAGUGUGAUGGCGAGCACGGAACUAUGGAUAGAAUGUUUAGGUUGGUUGAGAAGAUGCGGAGUUGCCUUGCCGGAUCACAUUCCGUCUACCAGAAACCUCGAGUGUUUCAGUCAUUACCUGCGCGAUGGUGUCGUCCUCUGCCACUUGAUUCAUCUGCUCAACCCGAGAUCCAUGGAAUUUUUCUUCGAUGUUAGUGAGUUAAUGUUCAUGAAUCCCGACGAAAAUGAGGAACUGUGCCUGCAAAAUAUUGAAGCUUUUUUAAAGAUUUGCCAGUCGGACUUUGAUUUGACCAGUAGAGACUUGUUCGAACCUGCAAUGCUGUAUAAUCUGACUGAUUUCGAUCGCGUUCUUUUCACGUUAUCCCAGCUAUCCAAGUCUCCUAGAGUUGCCAAACUUGGAAUUAUGGGAUUUCCCGUUCCCAAUAUCUCGGGCAGCGAUAACCAAACAACAGCAGAGAAAAUUGGCCAAAACAGUUUCAUGCGAUCGACUUCCAAUAUCUACGAUCCGGCAACUGAAGUGAUGUACAUGUGUCUCCUUUCAAACUUUGAACGUAGCACAAGCUUGACCACGGAAGUUUUGCCAACCGAUCCAGUCGAAAGGGCCGUUCAGAAAAUCUGCGAUGCGGAAAGGAAUUACAUUAAGGUGUUGACCGUCAUGGAGGAAAUGAUGACUGGACCCCUUUCGAGAAUUUUGACCACCCAGGAGCAAUCGACUAUAUUUUAUGGGAUCAAGGAACUGAACCAAAUCCAUCAGCAAAUCCACCGAGAAUUGCUGAGUGUCAUAAGCAGUGAAGUGAAACAGCCUCUGACAAAGUUGUACAUUGUUUUCCUGAAUUGGAAAGACAAGCUGCACAUUUAUCAUAGGUAUGCUGCUAAUUUACCUGUCGCCCUGCAUGUCGUCGGGAAAGUCUAUAGGACAAAGAAAAAUCUAGCAAAGGAAGUCGAGCUGGCGCAGGGAAAUUUGAGAGAUCGCUUCAAAUUGACAAAUCUCCUUCUUCAGCCGAUUCAACACAUAAGCCAAUAUGUCGUUCUUUUUGGAGAAUUAAGUAAAUACAUUCCUGAGAAUCACGAAGAUUACCUUGGGCUUAAGUUUGCUGGCCAGUCCAUGUCAGAGUUCGUUGAUCACGUCAACGCCAUAAAAAAGGACAGUUUUAUUUUACAAUCACUUAAGCACGCCCAGUCAAAAAUUGAUGGCUGGAAACCCAACAAAUUUACUCUGAGAGACUUUGGACGACUUUUUAGAAACGGUUCUUUGAAAGCCAGUUUCUCCACAGCCAGCAACAGCCACGAAAAGAUCAAAUAUCAGGUUUUUCUCUUUAGCCGGAUGGUGGUCUUCUGCACGCCGAAAUCGAAAAUCAGAGGCCUAAGGACGAUAUCACGCAACGAGCAGUUUACCUACCAAUUCCAUCUGCUUCUGCAAAACUACAUCGUUGAUGAGUUGCCAGGUUUAGUUGGCUUUUUUGAAGCUCCUACGACUCCGUGGACGAGUUCGUGGAGAGUGAACGGACCCAAAGGAACAACAAGUGUAACCUUCUACAGCAAAACGCGCGAGGAACGACUGAAGUGGAUUGAGAGCUUCAAAGUUGUCAUGGAUCGGCUUCAUCCUUCGCUGAAUAACAACGAUGCAACAACGCAUACUUUUUUACUUCAGACAUUCUCCUCCAAUGCCGAUUGUUAUGUCUGCCACCAAUUGCUCAAAGGAUUUCUUGAUCAGGGUUAUCGAUGUGCAAAGUGCAGCCAGUCAUUUCAUAAGAAAUGCUUAGAACUUUCCCAAAAGUGUUCGGCUGGUGCUGAAAAGGUAUAUGCCAGCGCAGAUUCUGAAUUUGAAUCUGGAAUUUAUGAAAACGCGUCAUCGAUUCGAUCAUCUUUUCGGUCCGAAGCAUCCUCGGUCCAGUCGGAAGGAGUUUCAAUCCAUCCAGUUAAUUUAUCAGUUCAGCUUUUUGAAACACCAGUCCAGCAGGUGAACGAUACGGACCAGUCAGAUGAUGACUUGGAGUCUCAGCUCUGGUACGGUGGCGCUAUAAGUGCUCCAGAAGCCACUGCAUACCUCAUCGGAACUGAACCGGGAACGUUUCUUGUAAGAAAGAGAGACCCUAAAAGUCCGGACGCUUUGUCUGCACCAUUCGCCAUAAGUGUUGUGAUGAACGUCGAAGUAAAACAUAUUAAAAUACAGUGUUUUAAGACACAGCCUGAAGAAAACGAGUAUAUUACUCUUGGACUAAGUUGGAGCAAGAAUGAAUUCUUUUUAGUUCCUGGUUACACAUUCCCCACCAUCAAUGAUCUUGUAUACUGGUACAGCCACAACUUUCUUAGCGAAGGAGUUACACGGGUGAUGGAUGUUUAUUUGAAAACUCCAUUCAAGAUAAACCACAAUAAGAUGCAGUAUACAUCUUUAUGAAUUCCAGGGAUAGCGUUCCAGUUCAUGCACCUAUUUUUAAAACUAGAUUGCAAUGGUGAACUGCAAUCGGUAAUGAUAUGACCAGAAUCUAAAGAGAAAUAGCAAAAGCUUACAAUUGGUUGUCAUUUGUUUGGCACAUCAUGUAUUGUUUACGGCUAACUUUUGUUUGGUCGUCUGGUUUAUAGCGGUAUACGCAUGGGCCAGGUAACUUUUCAAGAAGCACUUCCUAAUUAAAGUAACUUUUUAUAUGAGCUAUGCCCAUCUGUAGUGUAAGAUUUCGUUUUCUACAAUGUCAACCUCAAGCUUGGAAGGCUAACCGUGUUAGUGAACAUGAAACAUAAGCGCUCUUGUAUCACCGCGGAAAUACAACCAUUGAAACUCUUA